AUGGCCAAGGACAAGAAGAAGGGCUCGGACGCCAAAAAGGCCAAAAAGGCUGAGAAGGCAGCCAAACAGGCCUCCAAGGGGGAGAAAAAGGCCAAGACCAAGGCCGCCAAGGUCGAGGGCAGCGAUGCCGAGGAUGUCGAUCUCGACGAGAUCCUCGAGGAAUACGCUCGCCAGCAGGAGCAGUUCCUCAAGAUCACCGAGACUGUCUGCGAUGUCCCGCCCAAGCCUCGUGCAGCCUCUACCUUGAUGGCAGCCCCCCACGACACCAACAACCUGCUGCUCUUUGGCGGCGAGUACUUCAACGGCUCGCUCGCCCAGUUCUACAAUGACCUGUUCAUCUACAACAUCAACCGCGAUGAAUGGCGCUGCGUUACCUCGCCCAAUGCCCCUUUGCCCAGAUCAGGUCAUGCCUGGACCCGGGCCAGCAACCCAAGCCACGUCUAUCUUUUCGGCGGCGAGUUCUCCUCUCCCAAGCAGGGCACCUUCCACCACUACUCUGACUUCUGGAGAUUGGAGCCUGCAACCAGGGAGUGGACUAAGAUCGAGGUCAAGGGGAAAGACAAGAGCCCGCCCGCCAGGAGUGGCCACCGAAUGACGUACUGGAAGCACUACAUCAUUCUUUUCGGUGGCUUCCAGGACACUUCCAACCAGACCAAGUAUCUGGCAGACCUUUGGAUCUUCGAUACCAUCAACUUCGUCUGGAUCAGCCCCAACCUGCCCCCCGCUCAGCUCAAACCAGAUGCCAGGUCCUCCUUCACCCUACUGCCCCACGAGCAAGGGGCCGUCCUCUACGGCGGGUACUCGCGCGUCAAGGCCACCGUGAACAUCAAGCAAAAGGGCGGCAAGGGCGGCCAGAGCCAGGGGCAGAAGAACAUCCUCAAGCCCAAGGUCCACGACGACUGCUUCUUCCUCCGCAUGGGCCUGCCGGCCGCCGACGCCGGGCCGAACGCGCCCCCGACCGUCAGGUGGGAGAAGCGCAAGAGGCCGGCCAACACGCCCGCGCCGUCCCGCGCGGGCGCGACCAUGACCUGGCACAAGGGCCGGGGGAUCCUCUUCGGCGGCGUCCACGACGUCGAGCAGAGCGAGGAGGGCAUGGACAGCGAGUUCUUCAACCAGCUGUUCGCGUGGAACAUUGAGCGCAACAGGUUCAUGCCGCUGAACCUGAGGAAGCCCCGCCAGCAGGCGAAGAAGGGUGCCCAGGAGCAGCGCGGCGGGGGCCGCCGUAACCGUCAGGGCAACGAGGAGGAGCUUCUCCGGCAGCUGGCCGCCCUGGAAACGGGCGUGUCCCUGGACGACAUUGACGGGAUUGAGCUUGACAAGAAGGAGGAGGAAGAGGAGGAGAAACCGGUCAAGGAGAAGCCCGUCACCCUGGAGCCUCCGCAUAUAAGAUUCAAUGCCCAGCUCGCAGUCCAAGGCGACAAUCUCUACAUCUACGGGGGCACAUACGAAAAGGGCGACCGGGAGUUCACAUUUGACGACCUGUACGCCAUCAAUCUGGAUAAACUAGACGGCUGCAAGGAGCUAUUCCAGCGACCUGUUGAAGACUGGAUUGAAUCCGAUGACGAAGAUGACGAAGAAGGCGACGAGGACGAUGAGGACGACGAGGAAGACGAGGACGAUGAAGAAUACGAGGCAGCCGAGAAGCUCCAUACGCCCAGCAAGCGCAAGAAGAAGCAGCAGGACGAGGUGUCAGACACCACCUCGGAGACUUCGUCUACUCCACCGACUUCUGUGGAUGGCGACGAGACUGAAGCUGCUGACGAGAAUGUGGACGAUGGCCUUCCCCACCCCAGACCGUUCGAAUCUCGACGAGAAUUCUUUGUCCGCACCUCCAACGAGUGGCAAGAGAUCCUCAUGACAAGCCUCCGCUGGAAGAACAUCCAGCCAGAGACUCUGACUAUCAAGGAGAUCAAGGCGCGGGCGUUCGAGCUAAGCGAGGAGAAGUGGUGGGAUUCCCGUGAGGAGAUCACUGCCUUGGAAGAGGAGCAGGAGGCAGCCGGCAUUCAGGAGGUUGUCAGCCUGGCGGAGAGGGGAGAUGCAGCCGCUGGUGGAGGGAGGAGAAGAUAA